CUUAAACGCUUUAUUCUAGUCGACUUCUGAAAACUGCGCAAAUGAGCAUUGACGGCAUAAAUCUCCAGCAGCUGGCGCAGGGUCUCAGCGUUCCAACCGAGCAGGCACUUGCCAUUCUGCCACAGGUCCAGAGGCGGCCCGAGGCCAUGGGAAGUGUCAACUGUCGUUUCUUUGGGGCCCACACGCUGCAAAACAAGAUAGCCAAGGACUGGGAUUCGCUGGAUGAGGAGCGGCAGGACGCCCUGCAACAUGAGCUUCUGCGGUUGGUAAUCAAGCACUGUGUGGGGCCCUUGCCGGUGCUCAACAAAGUCAACCAGGCGCUGGUUGUAUACGCAUUGCAGGUGAUUCCUGACCGGUGGGAAAACUUCCUGACCACGGUUGUCGAUGAGCUACUCCGUAUGGCACAUGAGACCGGCAUUGAUAGCGUACAUGUCGGGUACGCAGUGGUCGAUAUUCUGCAGCUGUUCCCCGAGGAACUGCUCAACAUAAGCUUUGCGUCCAACCGCAUUGCCCGGCUCAACCAAGAUAUUUCACAGUCGCUACCAAUGGUCUUUGGCAUUCUAACCAACAUUGCACGGGGCGUUACCGACCCAGAGAUCAGCACAGCAGCAGAUACCCCAGAGUAUGUGCGGCAGCUGGGACACGAUCCGACAUGGCGCACCCGUGCUUGGAAGGCUAUCUUGAAGUGGCUGCAGUAUGGGAUCAAGGAGGAAAAGCUGUUCAUCCCGCUGGUAGAUAUGACCAUCAAGCAGCUAUGCGUGCUGGCAGCACAGCAGUUGGGCAGUACCACAUUGCCUGCCGAGUCACAGGUGACUGACGACGAAGUUGAAGCAGCUAUCCUGACGCUCGAUGAUAUGCUCAGCAAUGACACAAUGGCCAGAAGGUUCGGGAAAACCAUCAGCACACUGGUAUUGGAGCAGUACACACAGCCUUGGCUCAUCGGUGCCAUCAGCCGCUGUGUUAGUGAGGAUGACGACCACGCCGCGUUGCAGUGGUGCCUGCCGCUCAUCUCAUAUGGUGAGGUAUAUAUGGAGUUCCUGGUCAAUAACAUCACCAACAGCGCGGUGUCCAGGCAUAUAGAGACAUACUUGCAGAUCAUGCUGGACCUGACGCGGUUCCCCGGCUACCACGGAUUUGACGAGGAUAUUAGCGGCAGCUCUCUCGAGAUCUGGUAUCUACUGCAAGAGGCCCUGGCCGAGUAUGAGCCAGAGACUGGAGAUGCAGAGGCUGACAAAGCAAAGCUAGAGCAGACUCGUCAGUCGGUCAGAAGCGUGUUUUUGCAGGUGUUCAAGGCGCUGAUCACCAAGGCCACAUACCCACCCACCAGCACAUGGCUUGAUGGUGACAAGGAAGACAAGGGACGGUUUCUGAGCUACCAGCGAGAGGUGGGCGAGACGCUGGCGACGACAUACUACGUAUUGCGCGACGAGAUGCUGGCGAUCCUGGUUGACGAAGCCUUGACUGCACUCUCUACAUUCAGUCUCGAAAAUUGGCAACCACUGGGCGCGAUUUUGUUUGCACUCAAAAGUAUCGGAGAGAACGUGCCAGACACAGAGAACGUGCAUUUGCCGCGCCUGUUCGCCGCCGAGACAUUAUCCCAGCGAUUCCUCCCCUUACUGCAGAGUAGCCUGGAUGCAGACACACGGACGGCCCAGUGGGGACUCAUUUCUAUAAAGUCGGGCCUGCUCUCACUCAUCCGUGCCUACGGCGAGUGGUGGAAAAGCCACCCUGAGCUGCUGCCGAUCGUGGUCCCGUGCGUGACGUCAAGUCUGAAUCAGCACUCCCUGGUGUCCAAAGCGGUGGAAGCCUUUCGCAGCAUUUGCGACAGCUGCCGUGACCAACUGGCUGGAGCCUCGGAUAGCAUGAUCCAACUGGCGCGCGAGGUGCUGCUGGCUGGGACAACGGUGCCGCCGCGUGAGCAAAAGCGCAUUUUUGAGUCCACUGCUGUUGAGCCGCUGAUCUCGCUGGUUAUCGAGCGUCUGCACAGCGACGUGGCAUUACUAGAGUCGGUGCCGCGUGGAACCAGCUUCACAGACCUGGAGCCGUACUGGACACCUCUGCUGAAUCAUCUAAACCUCGUCGAUUCCUUGGCGCGGGGUCUAGAGUUUGCAGACGACAUCGAAGAGCGGGCGUUGAUGGGCGACCCUGAGGAAGUUGAUAUUCUUGUGCAGGCAGCGCACUGCUACGAGGGGUCUGCUGGGCUGCGAGAAUUCCGGCGCUCGCUGCUGGUCCUCAUGAAUCAUGUUGUAGUGUCGGAGGUCUGGCGGGUUGGCCAUCAGGAUGUCGACAUCAAGCUCAUGCCCGACGUAUUGCUCGAGUGCUUGCUAUCGAUCGUGAAUAGCAUAUCCCGGCGAGGUCCGCACGCCUUUGAGCUCCCGUUUGGACAAGUAACCUCGCUGAUUGGCGAGGCCUGGUCUGGGCUGGUUGUCAUGCAGAACACCGGAAGCACAGUCUAUGCACAGCGUUGGAUAGAGCAGUGCCCGAUGUUUUUGCAGUCGAUCUCACAACUCAUCAAGGUGUUUACCGGCAAAGUCAACCCCUGGCAGCCGACACGGCCAGGGGCCGAGGAGACCGACCGAAUCUUUGGUGCUAUCCUGACGCGUGUGCUUGAUGACACAAUCCUGGGGAUUGCGAGGGAAGCCGAUGAUGUGGUGACAGCAGUCGACCAGCUACCCAAUGUCAACGAAGCCGUAUUUGACCUGUGCACCCAGUCGCUGCAAACUCGGCCAAACCUGUUUGUCCACAUCAGUCCGCCGGCACUGGCCCGGAUAUGCGAGCUCAGCGCACAAGCCUUGUCGAUUCCUAACCGCCUGGCACUGAAGCCAACCGCGUACUUCCUCACAGCGCUGACACGACUCUCAAACGAGUCACAGUCAGAAGGACCCGUAAAACAGCUAUUUCACAUGUUGUGGAGGCAGUAUGGACAGACGUGGCUACAGACAGCCAUCGGCGGCAUCGGCGGCACGCAUCCCCGCUCGCUGCUGGCAAAUCUCUCGGAGCUGCUGUUUGCGAUGGUCAAAAACAACCCAACCAUGACGCGAACCUGGAUGUCGGAGCUUUUGGCCCGACAGGGGUUCCCGUCGGCGCAUGUGAAUGACAAGGAAAAGCAACUGUUUCUCCAGCAGGCAGUCUCUACACGCUCGUACAAUCGCUUCAAGGCCGUUGUGACUGAGUUCUCUAUCCGGUGUCGCAAUCUGCAAGGUACUGCGUACGCUACUUAGCUGUUUCCGCCAGCGGAGAAGGGGGCUUUUGCAAGUCAUACUUUGGGGUAUCCAGCUGGAUUCCACAGGUCCCUGCGCAUGCACCAUACGACAUCAGAAGUACGUCUAUUUAAUCUGCAUCCCUUGUAUUAAUGCAUUUAUCGGUUCUUGCUAGUACUGGCGACUUUUGCAUAGCUCUACCGCAAACAGGGUUGGGUCAACAGUGUGCUAGAAUACAUUCCGGGAGUUAGCAGGUGAUACAGCUCUUGCUCAUAU